CUAAUGAAAGAGAAGAUGAUGCGCCUGGGGGGGCAUCUGGUGCUGAAGGAAGAAGAGGAGCUUGCCAAUUCAAAGCUCAUGUUGCUCAAAAGAGCUGAGAUGAUGGAGGCCAAAAGGACCCAGACUUUCCCACCCAGUAUGCACUUUUUCCAGGCUAAGAAUCUCAUUGAGAAGAGUGGGGUCUUUAAUAUUCUAAAGAAGAUGCCCAAAGGUGCUGCCUUACACCUCCAUGACUUUGGCAUUUUGAAUAUGAACUGGCUGGUGAAAAAUGUGACAUACAGGCCCCAUUGCCAUUUCUGUCACACCCCAAGGGGGGGCCUGAAGUUCAAAUUUGCACACCCAUCUCCCCCUGACCCUCUACCAUUAACAGAAUGUUCAGAGUGGAUUUUGCUAGAAAAUUACCGUAAGCAGCUGCAGAAUGUCACUGAGUUUGACAACAACCUGCUGAAGAAUUUUACUCUGAUGACCGAGAACCCAGAUGUGACUUAUGCAAGCCAAGAUCUUAUAUGGUCCAAGUUCGAAAGCAUCUUCUUCGACAUUGCUGGCCUCGUGCAAUUUGCUCCUGUCUUCAGGGACUACCUCCUCCAGGGCCUGAAGGAGUUCUAUGAGGACAAUGUGCUCUACCUGGAGCUUCGAGCCAUGCUCUUUCCGGUGUAUGAACUAAACGGGACAGUCCAUGAUCAAGAGUGGUCAGUAAGGACCUACGAGGAAGUGGCUCAAAUGUUUGUGAAAGAGCAUCCUGGGUUUAUUGGAAUCAAAAUCAUUUAUUCAGUUCACAGGAUCGCCAAAGCAUCGCUUAUAAAGAAAUCUGUCCAAGAUGCCAUGAAGCUCCGGACUUUGUUCCCCAAGAUGGUGGCGGGGUUCGACCUGGUUGGACAUGAAGACACUGGUUAUACCUUGUAUGACUAUAUGGAAGCACUGAUGUUUCCAGCGUCACUUGGUUUUAAACUGCCAUACUUUUUCCAUGCUGGAGAGACAGACUGGCAGGGCACUUCCAUAGACAGAAACCUUUUGGAUGCAUUAAUACUGAACUCUACCAGGAUUGGCCAUGGAUUUGCUUUAAGUAAACACCCAGCAGUCUUGACUGAGUUCUGGAGGAAGGAUAUCCCCAUAGAAGUCUGUCCCAUCUCCAACCAGGUUUUGAAAUUGGUGUCAGACUUAAGAAACCACCCUGCAGCAGUUCUAAUGGCCACUGGAUACCCAAUGGUGAUUAGCUCUGAUGAUCCCGCUCUCUUUGGAGCUAAAGGCUUGUCCUAUGAUUUCUAUGAGGCCUUCAUGGGCAUUGGGGGAAUGGAGGCUGACCUGAGGACCCUCAAACAGCUGGCCAUGAACUCUAUCAAGUACAGUGCCCUGACGCAGAGUGAAAAGUUGGCUGCCAUGGAAACCUGGGAAGCCAGAUGGAAUAAAUUUGUAGCUGACCUGGCAAGGAAUCCAAAGUGAGGAGAGCCAGUCCCCUUCCUCUGCUUCCCUCCACAAGCCAUCUUCAUGGUGCUCAGUGUUGAAUCCACUACUAUGUGGUCUCUCCUCCAUUGCCUCUCAACACUGACCUCAUGAAGGCCUGCAAUGGCUUCCACUCCACUCGACCUCUCAGAAAUAUCUGACU